GCCAAACGUCCCCAGUUAACACGGUCACUCGUUAAACCGAAACACCGUCAGAGGGAUGUUUACUUGGUUUUACGUGCAGACGUCAAACUACAUCGUAUCCCAUCAUGCAGCAGGAGGCCGUGGAGAGAUCCAGCAGCUGGUAGAGACACGCAGAAAUAUGCUGUACGGACGCCUGACGAGUCACCACAGCGGCUUUUGAGUCACCAUUGUCACCCGGUUUUCAUUUUGGAGGAUUCCUCCCUCCAUCCUCCGGAUCGCACCGAACAGGCGAUGACAACGGCCCCGGCAACCCCGCAGCAGAUGAAGGACCGGCUGCUGCGGGCCGUGGACAGUCAGAGCAAUAUAUGCAAUAUGGUGGUCGUAUUAGAGGUUAUUUCCGGUCUCGAAAAGUAUCCUAUCACCAAAGAAGCACUUGAGGAAACUCGACUAGGAAAACUGAUCAAUGAUGUACGAAAGAAGACCAAGGAUGAAGACCUUGCCAAGCGUGCUAAGAAACUCUUACGAAACUGGCAAAAGCUGAUUGAGCCUGGGCCUGCUGUGGCUGCGAGUGUCCCUGGGUCUACCAAUGGCAGUUCUCAUCCCUGCAGAACAGAAGCCCCUCCGCCUGACAUCUCUGUGUCAGGGAAGGGGGUCCCUGAAGUCAAAACCAGAAAUGAUGUUCACAACACAUAUUCACCAAAAGCUGAGAAAUCAAGCAGUCGCAAGCGCCGAGCAGAGAACAGAGACAGUGGAGUGCACUUACCAGAAAAAAUCUCCAAGAUGUCAUAUGAUAACUCUGUUUCACCGCCACCCACCAAUGGGAUUGCAGGAAGCCCUGAUACCCUGCCUGACCAGGAGGUCGUCCCGUCCCCUGACAGAUCUCGCAUAGAGCACCUUGACAAUGAUAAAAUCAACAGAAUUCCAGUAAACGCUGUCAAGCCUCGCCCCAGCUCCCCUGGAGUGGCCAAACUACCUAGCACUUCCUCUUUAAUCAAGGUUGCUGUGAUGCAGCAGGCCAGAAUGGAUGAUGGAGGAGGAGGAGGCGGGUAUUAUCAAGCCAAAAGUCCCCGUGGCCUCACUACCAGUCCAAGGAGCACGAAGCAAGACACCGUGACCAAGCGCUCUGCGGCAUACACACCGAAAGGAACAUCUAUCCCAAGCCCAUCCCCUAGAAAUUCUCCCCUUCCUUUGUCCCAGUCUGUAUCCUCCCCAGCUCAAGCAUCUUACGCUGACAAGCUGCCACACUCUUCUCAUAGGUCUUCAAUGCACUGGGCCAGUUCGUCAGAUGUCCCUUCUCAUUGCCCACCACAAGACAUAUCUGCAACACUGGAAUCCCCAUCAGUCUCCCCCCCACCCUCUCACCCCCAACACAACUCAGAACUACACAGGCCGACACCUGAGGUAGCCAUGGCUGUGUCUGAUGACACAGAUGGGGCAACAAUCCCCAACUCAGAGCAUAAACGGAGGAAGUACAGGUCUAGAGACUACUCUGUCAACUUAGAUGGCCAGAAAAUAGAGGACACGACUAAACCAGUACGGUUAAAAGAACGCAGACUAACAUUUGACCCUGUCACAGGUCAGAUAAAACCCCUGGUACAUAAAGAACCUUCUCAAACAGAGGAAGCCCCCACUCCUGACCCUGCUGAGUCUAGGCAGAGAACUGAAAGCACUGUACAACAGCCCGCUGCCGCUGCCAUGGCCACGGCCUCGGCUACGGCCUCGGCUACGACCACGGCUACGGCUACGGCUACGGCUACGGCCACGGCCACGGCCACAGCUCCAGGUCCCAGCCCUAACCCUUUUCACCAGACGAACUGGAAGGAGCUGUCCAGAAAUGAAAUCAUCCAGUCCUACUUGAACCUUCAGAGCAAUGUGCUCACCUCCUCGGGGGUCCAGGCCCCUAGUGCACACUUUUUCAUGUCCCAGUAUCUGAAAAGGGAAGAACAGGAAACCAAGGAGUCGAGGAAGACGCACGUUCUGCAGACGGACAACUUAGUAGGGGAUUUACCGGGCGUCAGCCGAGAGGUGACGGAUGAGGACCUGGACAGGAUACAUACACAGCACUGGCCGGGGGUGAACGGUUGUUAUGACACCAAGGGCACCUGGUUUGAUUGGACAGAGUGCAUAUCAUUGGACCCUCACGGGGAUGAAAGCAAAUUGAACAUCCUGCCAUAUGUUUGCCUAGACUGACGGGUUUGGGAAGGUUGCUGUCCUUUUCCACUCCUGUGUUCGUCUCCCCACAGAGACAAAGAUACUUUGUGAUUUUGUUUGUCCACUGUGAGUUUGGCAAAAGCCAGGCCUGCUAAACUCCCCCCCUGCCCCCCCAUGCCUCUUCCUCUUUCUGUGAUAAUCUAUUGAGAUUUUGGUAUAAAAAGAGUAAAGAUUAAAAGAAUAGUUGAGUUUGUGAUACCAAGGGCUGUUUCUGUUUUAUUUUUCAAACUGAAAGCCACAGGAAUGACGAGGCCCUAGUUGCAGAGUGCUGCUACUAACAGAAGACAAAAAAAAGAGGACAGAAUUAUCCAUGGCAACCAGAAACAAUGUUUCGAUGUGAAUUUUCAAUGUUCUGAAUUGUACCACUAUUUCAGGCUCACUUGAUAAUACUGUCCGUAUUUUUUUACCUUUUAGUUUCUAAUGAGGAAUUACAAUCUAGGGUUGAAUUUGAGGGAAGGCUGGGGUUUAGCUGUCCUGUCCAGGCCGCCAUGUUGGUGCCCAGAAAGGUGUCGAUAGAGUUCAUCUAGCACAGGUAGAGCUGAACAUGUCCAGAGUGUGAAAUACUGGAGCAUAUUCGGCAGUUACAAGAAGCUUUAUGUGAGAUAUAAAGAGUAAAUUAUAAAUUUCUUAUCAUGUAUACAUCUAUUUAUUUUGACCAGUUCAUUUAUGGGACAUUCAUCAAAACCAGAUGUUCAAAAACAUAUAGAUCUCCUUUUCUUUUCUCUUUUCCGCAUCACAAUGUCGCCGGCCUGAUCUAUAGUGUAAAAGGGGGGGCAUACAAAUGUUUUUUGCGUGGUCUUUCUUUAAGAUCGGCCAGUCCAUUCGGUCAUCAACAUUCCAUACUCCACCCUUCACACCCUUUCGCUCUCUCCGUCUCAUCACACAGCUCCCAUGUCCAUGCCAUCUCAACUCAAGAAGAAAUUUAUUCUGGAUUAAAUAUUUGGUUUCCAAUUGUUCCAUCAAAGUAGUGUGGUGCUAAUUGAAAAUUUGAGAACCUCUCGCCACCCACUAGUUCUCUCUCAAGCCUAAAAUAUGAAAGAAUGUCAAAUUAGGUGGUGCUGAUCAAUAAUUGCAUUUUCGAGACAAAAACAAGGAAAUGUUUGAAUGCUGGAAUUCACUCUGUCUCCAUUCCUUUAGAUCCUUUUUGCCUUUUGGAAUUCCUUCGAGAUUUUUCUACAAGUUAAACAGCCUUAGUGAAUGUACAGGAUUGAGACCUCUUUGCACUUGUUUGUAAGUUGACAACUUGUUGGUCAUUUCAUCCCUGACUUGAUUAAAGUGUGAAUAGUGACUGAUGUUCCCACAAUGUUACAGUUAUGUGCCCAUAUAGUUUGUUCAGUUUCAGACACAAUUCAAGUUCUUGCAGCUGCAUUUGAUGGUUUUGAAAAAUAUUUAGCAGCAUUUUGUUUGCUUCCAUUUUUUAAGUACAACAAAAAAAGGGAGAGAGAAAGCAGUGUGCAUCUGAUUAUUGCCAUUUUCCAUGUGACAAACAAUUAAUACUUGAUUUCGAUUUCCCUUUAUACUCACCAGUCACUACCACGUUUUCUCACAUGACCUGUUAAGAUUGGCUUCUGCCGCAGCCUCUCUACUCAUUCAUUCUUUCAGUCAUUCAUCCCUACCAAUGUGCCUUGGUAAACGGUAAAUCUGGAUUUGCUUCCGCAUAAAACACGCCUGUCCUUGGAGCCGGCUUUAUGUGCGAGAACUCCAAAUCCCACGAUCAGUAUGACGCUGGUAUAUGCACCAUUUCUGUUACUUUUUUUGUACACACUGAUUUAGUGAGGGUGACGCUGCAGACAAUGAGAAACUGCACAACAACAACAACACAGCUGGCAAUAAAGGAAAGUGCUACAACUGGUUGAUAAGAAUCUGUUUUCUGGAGUUUUGACUGGGGCAUCUUUAUUUGUUCAGUGUUUAACAUCUCUCAAUUGUUUGAAAAAUAAAAUGAUCUAAUUCUUCAGCUCA